AUGGCAGAUGUGGAACGAAGGGAAAGGGUUGGAAGUGAUGGAUCCAUUGAUGAGGGAUUCGUGCGACCGGAUGAGUUCCUGAGAUACAUGCAUGUAGGUUUGUUAUGCGUUCAAGAAGACGCAUACGACAGGCCAACCAUGUCCUCGGUUGCAGUCAUGCUCAAGAGCGAAACCGUGACUCUUUGCCAGCCUGAAAAGCCUGCCUUCUUCGCCGGAGAUUCGCAGACGCCUGCCAAUUAA